UAGUAUUGUUAUUUUAGUUGCCUCAUGCCGUAGUUGGGUUAAAACAGUUUGUCAUUUCGCUUCGCAGGCUCCACACAAACAAAAUUAAUUUCUCAAAAUGCCGAAUGCUCGCAAAUGCAAUGAAUGUGGGCAAACGCACGUCGCCGGUGCCAAUGGUGCCAUCUAUUGUGCUGGACCACUGUUGCGAGCGGUGCAGAUGUCCAAUUUGUAUAAGGAUAGCAAGUACUUUGUCGACAUGACCUGUCGAUAUUCCCCAGAGCGUAUCCUUGCCGACUACCAGCUGUUUAGCUCGUGCAAGAAGAACGAGACGUCGGUGAAGCAUCUGACCAAUUUCAUGGACAAUCACUUCGAUCAGCCCGGCACCGAGCUGGAGUACUGGUGCCCGCCAGAUUAUCGCAGUGAGCCCAAAUUCGUUGAGCAGAUCAAUGACCCGGCCCUGAAGAAGUUUGCCAUGGACCUGAAUCGCAUUUGGAAGCAGCUCGGACGCACCAUGAAGGACUGCGUGAGGACUAGUCCGGCCAUGUACUCGCUUAUGUAUGUGCCGAAUCCGUUCAUUGUGCCCAGCGGAAGGUUCAUCGAGUUCUACUACUGGGACACCUAUUGGAUUGUGCGCGGACUGCUGUUCAGCGGCAUGUUCCAGACGGCGCGUGGCAUGAUUGAUAAUCUGCUGUAUCUGGUGAAGCAGUAUAAGAUGGUGCCCGGCAGCAAUCGCGUCUACUACUGGGGUCGCUCCCAGCCCCCGCUGCUGGUGCCGUUGGUCAAGGCCUACGUGGAGUUUACCAAGGAUGAGCAAUACGCCAUCCAGAAUCUGCCGGCGCUCGAACAGGAGAUGGAGACCUUCCUGCAGGAGCACUCGGUUCAGGUCGAGGGCCGCACCAUGUAUCAAUAUCGCGACAAGUCGACGGGACCGCGACCCGAGGCGUAUCGCGAGGACGAGGCGGUUGCCGCUAGCUUCAACUCCGCCGAGGAGAAGGAGGAAGCCUACUCGCACAUAAAGGCUGCCUGCGAGUCCGGCCAGGCCUUCAGCUCGCGCUGGUUCGUCUCCUCCAGCGGCAACAACGUGGGCACCAUGGCCAACAUCAAGACCGGCUGGAUAGUGCCCGUCGAACUGAACUGCAUUCUGUUCCGCAACUGUAAAACGCUCGGCGAGUUCUUCACCCUGGCGGGCUGUGCCGACAAGGCGAAGCAAUACCGGACCACAGCCUGCGGCCUGAUCAAGGCCAUCACGGCGGUGCUGUGGAAUGAGGAGCGGGGCGUCUGGCUGGACUAUGAUCUAAAGAAUAGAAAGCAGCGUGACUACUUCGCAGUGACGAACCUAUCGCCGCUCUGGAUGCACGCCUAUCCCAUAGCUGACACCGAAAAGAUCUCCAACUCCGUAAUGUGCUACAUCGAGGAGAAUAAGCUGGACUAUUAUCCGGGCGGUGUGCCGCACACGUUAAGCAACACUGGCCAAUUGUGGGACUACCCGAAUGUCUAUCCACCCAUGAUGCUAAUGCUGAUCGACGGCCUCAACAAUCUGGGCACGCCCGAGGCGACCGAUAUGGCGAACCGUUGGGUACAGCGCUGGGUCCUCUCCAACUACGAGGCCUACACUAAAACCAAUUUCAUGUUCGAAAAGUACAAUUGCGAGGAAUCCGGUAUGGGCGUUGGCAGUCCGGACGGACAGAACCAUACCGGCUAUGGGUGGACAAACGGAGUUCUGAUCGAACUGCUGGUCAGGUACGGCUGCCAGCUGACUUCAAACAGCGGCAACGACGGCGCUGACGACGACUGCAACUGCGGCAGCGAUAACAUGACAUCGACCCUGCAGGACUGUCCCAUAACGAGCGAGGCGUAUUUGGAAAAGAAGGCGGCAGCAGAUGCCGAUGAGUACGCCCAGAUGUGUGACGAACAGAAUAUGCAAUAUGACGAGUCUCAGAUGUGCUGCGGGGAGGCAAUGAUGGUUCAAGAUAUCGCCAGCUUUGCCACAAGUGAGACUGGUCAACGGCUACAACAACAACAACAGCAACAGCAACAACAACACGUGCCUUACAUAAAAAUCGUGCAGGCCAUGCUAAACGUUUAUCCCUUUUAGCCCCAAGGACCCAAC